UACGAAACUAACUCCUGGACGCCCACUCAAUUCUCCUCCACGAGUGUUGACUGCACCCACUGCAAUAUACGCAGCCGUGAUUUAUAGCCACACUAUCGAGUGCCAAUAAUGGUUCAGGUAUCACGAGCAGAAGGACCAUCUCAGGCUGAGCAAUUGCUUCGUGUAACUUCUGGAAUUGCGGCGGAACUCAUCAAGGCUCAUGACUCCAACGAAACUGUGUCUCUGAAUGUCAUCCGAGCCAAGAUCAGUAAAAAGUUCGGCUAUGGAGGUGUCCCCCGCCUUGUGGAUAUCAUCAGUGCUAUUCCAGAUGAAUAUAAAAAGGCUCUCUUGCCAAAACUGAAAGCGAGACCUAUCCGGACUGCUAGCGGGAUCGCUGUUGUCGCUGUGAUGUGCAAACCGCAUCGGUGUCCCCACAUUGCCAUGACAGGCAAUAUCUGCGUGUACUGUCCUGGAGGACCUGACUCAGAUUUUGACUACAGUACUCAAAGUUACACCGGCUACGAGCCCACGAGUAUGCGGGCCAUACGAGCACGAUAUGAUCCCUAUGAACAAACCCGUGGUCGCGUGGAGCAGCUGAAGAGUCUUGGUCACAAUGUCGACAAAGUUGAAUUCAUCAUCAUGGGGGGCACUUUCAUGAGCAUGCCAGAAGACUACCGAGGCAAAUUUAUCGCACAGCUGCAUAAUGCUUUAUCAGGGUUCACGGGUACAGACGUCGAUGAAGCCGUACGGUACUCUGAACAAAGCAAGGCAAAAGCAAUCGGAAUAACGAUCGAAACACGCCCGGAUUAUUGCCUCCGACCGCAUCUUAGUCAAAUGCUUCGAUACGGAUGUACCCGUCUCGAAAUUGGCGUGCAAUCGGUUUACGAGGACGUUGCUCGUGACACCAAUCGUGGGCACACCGUCCGUGCGGUCUCUGAAUCUUUUCACCUAGCCAAAGACGCCGGAUUCAAAGUAGUUGCACACAUGAUGCCCGACCUUCCCAAUGUCGGCGUUGAGAGGGAUUUGGAACAAUUCAAAGAAUAUUUCGAGAACCCGGCAUUUCGAAGCGAUGGUCUCAAAAUAUACCCGACCCUGGUCAUCCGCGGAACCGGUCUAUACGAGCUAUGGCGAACAGGCAGGUACAAGAACUAUACGCCAAAUGUAUUAGUAGAUGUGGUCGCGAGAAUUCUCGCACUGGUUCCACCUUGGACCAGAGUUUAUCGCGUACAAAGAGACAUUCCCCUUCCCUUGGUGACAAGCGGUUGUGACAACUCGGGCAACUUGAGAGAGUUAGCGCUCAACCGCAUGAAAGACUUUGGCGCAGAGUGCCGUGACGUGCGCUUCCGCGAAGUUGGGAUACACGAAAUACAUCAGAAAGUAAGACCUGAAUCUGUUGAGCUUCUACGACGAGAUUACACUGCAAAUGGCGGGUGGGAGACAUUCCUUUCAUAUGAAGAUCCGGAAAGGGACAUCCUCGUCGGACUGCUCCGACUGCGAAAAUGCUCCGAUGAAGGCACAUUCCGGCCGGAGCUAGUGCGGAAGGGGGGUGACGAAGGAGGCUGUAGCAUCGUGCGAGAAUUGCACGUGUAUGGAACGGCGGUACCAGUCCACGGGAGAGACCCAACCAAGUUCCAACACCAGGGCUUUGGAACUUUGUUAAUGGAGGAAGCCGAGCGCAUUGCCCGCGAAGAGCACGGGAACAUGAAAUUGGCCGUUAUUUCUGGCGUUGGGACACGAGACUACUAUCGAAAACUUGGUUAUGAGCUAGAUGGGCCAUACAUGAGCAAGCUUCUGCUAUGAUGGAAGACAGUGUACCUGUACCUGUAUAUUUAGGACAUGGUGUACGCAUACUGUAAUGCCUCUUUAAUCCCUCGUUAUCUCGCCUGAGCACAUGCAUCUGGGCAUUCUAUGGCUC